GCCUCCGUCCAGCAAGGUAGAACGAUGCGUUCGCUGCCUCAUUGUUCCGCUGCUUACGUAAGCACACACCUUAUAAAGCUCACGCUGCGCUCGGGGCCCACAGCCAUGUCAGGUUGGAGCACGCUCGCUCUCCUCGUCUUCACUGCCUCCUGCGGUACGGCCUUGGACUGCUCCUACGAGACUCUGCUCAGCCACCUGAAGCUCAGCACCUCCAAUGACCUUCUGUCCAUCAUGAGACCUGUCAAAAACUGGACCGAAACCACUAGGGUCCGCUUGGACAUGCUGCUUUACGGUAUCAUAGAAGUGGAUGAGAAGUCCCAAACCCUCACAAGCCACGUGUGGAUCCAAAUGAUCUGGAAAAGUGACUUUCUCACUUGGACCCCAUCCAAGUUUUGUGGGAUCGAAAAGUUGGCUUUUCCCAAGUCCAAGCUCUGGAUCCCGGAUAUCAUCAUCCAAGAGGACACCUCGGACACGGGGAGCAUCACAGCCAGUCCGUUUGUGACGGUGCACUCCAACGGUAUGAUGCAAAUGUACAUUCGGCAGCGGCUGACCUCCACCUGCACCCUUGACCUUUACAACUUCCCCUUCGAUAAGCAGAGCUGUGAAAUCACUUUUAGAUCCAUGAACUUUAACGAUAAAGGUAUUAACCUGGGGACCAUCAGCUCUGAUGACAUCAUCAGCGACAUCUCCGAGCAGAUAAUGGUGACUCGGGGGGAGUGGAGGCUGGAGGCCCUGGAAGCUGACAAAAAUGUGACGACGGGCAAGAACUCAAACCCAAGCCAACUGAUCUACCAGGUGAGAAUCGUCAGGAAGCCCAUGCUCUACAUCAUCAUCUUCAUCGUGCCGCUCUUAUGCCUGCUCUUCCUGGACUUGACGUCCUUCUUCAUCAGCGAGGCCCGCGGCGAGAAGCUGAGCUUCAAAAUCACAGUGCUGCUGUCCAUCUCUGUCCUGCUGCUCAUUCUCAAGGACAUGCUGCCCUCCACCGAGGAAAAGCUGCCGCUGAUAGCGAGCUACUGCAUUGGGGUUUUUGCCCUGGUGGGGUUCAGCGUGCUGGAGGCCAUGCUGGUGAGCUUCCUCAUCGACAUGGACAACGCCAAGACGGUGCGCAGCCCCGACAACUCCUGCAUGGAUGUCCACGUUGCGGCCGAGAAGCAGAAAGAGCCCAUGAAGGACACAGACGACGUGAAACUCGCUGAAGGCCAGCGUCCUUCGGAGCGCGACCUGAUGAAGAUGGUCUUGCAGGAAGUGAGGGCAUGCCAGCAGGAAGUGGGAAAAGGAGGCGCUGUCAAGCCAAAGCCCAGCUGCUACAGAAGAGCGGCUGGAAUCAUAGACGCCGUGUACUUCUGCCUCUACAUUUGUACUGUUGGGAUAUUUGUUGUGACGACAUAUCACAUGUGGGUGCCACACGGUUUUUUUGAAUGAGAGCAAUCCUAAAACUAGUACUUGACAAAAUGAUAAUCUCACAGUCUCUGUCUGUAUUGUCCUGAUUGUUGAGCAGAGUGAUUAUUUAUCUUUCAUCUUUUAAUAUAAAGAUGAUUUGUUCCAUAAAUAAUGUUUAGACACUUCCCAGCAUGUUACAUGCUUUGUGAUUAGUAUGAAACAGCGACAGGGAGGAAGAAGUGUUCUGAUUAAAUUUGUGUUGUGUGUUUAAGU